CUUGAAUUUUAUUCACUGCAUCACUGCAACUGUUACUCGUGUCUGCAGCAAAACGAUGAACUUUUUAUAUCAGGUUUUCUUGAAAAUUUACAUUUUCUAAUAAAUUACACGUCAUUAUGAUAUUGCGGACGGCAAUGAAGUUCGCAUCUACGUCAUUUAAUAACUCGAUAAAGAAGAGUUACAAUCCAAUGUGUCCAUUUUUAAAUAAAAAACUUUUUAAGCAAAACAUUUCGUGUUCAUACUCAAUACAUCAUGAUUUACCUUCCAAAGUUCUCGAGCUUUACGAAGGAAUAAAAAUGAAAGAUCGUUAUUGUUUGGCGAAAGCGAUUACAUUAGUGGAAUCGAUACGUAAAGAUCAUAAAACUCAAGCUCAACAAUUACUUUCUCUAAUACUUGACACACGACAUGAACGUGCAAAAGAAACUGGAGAUUCUAUAUCAACAUUCAGGAUAGGAUUAUCUGGUCCACCAGGUGUUGGAAAAUCAACUUUCAUUGAGCGAUUUGGAAUGUAUGUUCUUUCUCAGGGACAUCGUGUGGCUGUCCUUGCUGUUGAUCCAUCUUCAUUGAAAACUGGCGGAUCAAUUAUGGGAGAUAAGACAAGAAUGCCUGAAUUAUCACAACAAGAUAACGCAUACAUUCGUCCUUCAGCGAGCCAUGGUACACUUGGUGGUGUAGCCCGUAAUACAAACGAAGCUUUAAUCUUAUGUGAAGCUGCUGGGUAUGAUGUGUGUCUUGUAGAAACAGUUGGAGUUGGACAAUCAGAAACAAUGGUUGCAGAAAUGGUUGAUAUGUUCGUUCUGAUGGUCCCACCAGCAGGAGGAGAUGAGAUACAAGGGUUGAAAAAAGGUAUCGUUGAAAUUUCUGAUCUAAUAGUUGUCAACAAGUCGGACGGUGUAUUUGCUAGUGCUGCAAGAGAGGCUGUAACUGAAUAUACAAGUGCUUUGAAAUAUCUUCAUCCGAGUUCUCCUUUUUGGCAACCUCGGGUAAUAAAAGUUUCGGCUAAAACAAAUAGUGGGUUGGAUGAAUCUUGGAAAUUUAUGCAAGAUUAUUAUAAUAUUAUGAAGAGUUCAAAUGAAUUAUAUAAAAGAAGAGGUAAACAAAGAAAGUUAUGGAUGUGGAGACAAAUAACGUCAGAAUUAUUAGAUAGAUUAAAUUCUGAUAAAGAAAUUAGAAAUCUUGUUGACGAAUUAGAACAAAAAGUAUUUCACGGUGAAAUAACAAGCGGAAUUGCAGCUGACUAUGUUGUUGAUAAUUUUACUCAUAAAUAUAAUGUUACUAAAACAAAUUAAUGUAUUAUUACUUAUAAAGAGUGUAUAUAUAUUUUUACAAAAUAAAAUAAAAUGAAUAAAU